ACAUAAUGGUAGGUUCCAAAGACAGGACAGAGCCGUGAGACAAAUCAAGCCUGUGACAGCGGACAAACUAGACUUUUAUUACAACUCUAUUCCACACCAAGGUGUGAGGGCAAAUUGGACGAUGUCCCUAAAGCCACGGGUGGUGGAUUUUGAUGAGACAUGGAACAAGCUUCUAACGACAAUCAAGGCUGUGGUGAUGCUCGACUACGUGGAGAGAGCCACAUGGAAUGACAGAUUCUCUGACAUUUAUGCCUUAUGUGUUGCAUACCCAGAGCCCCUGGGUGAAAGAUUAUACACAGAGACCAAGGUCUUUCUUGAAAACCAUGUCCGACAGUUAUACAAGAAAGUCCUGGAGUCAGAAGAGAAGGUUUUGGUCAUGUACCACAGAUACUGGGAGGAGUACAGCAAAGGAGCCGACUACAUGGACUGUUUAUACAGGUAUCUCAACACUCAGUUUAUAAAGAAGAACAAACUAACAGAAGCAGACAUACAGUACGGUUAUGGUGGAGUGGACAUGAAUGAACCACUUAUGGAGAUUGGAGAGUUGGCGCUUGAUAUGUGGAGGAAGCUAAUGAUCGAGCCCCUUCAAGCCGUCCUCAUCCGGAUGUUACUGAAUGAAAUCAAAAAUGAUCGUUGUGGUGAGAAUCCCAACCAAAAGGUAAUCCAUGGUGUCAUCAACUCCUUUGUUCAUGUUGAACAGUACAAAAAGAAAUUUCCACUAAAGUUUUACCAGGAAAUUUUUGAGGGGCCAUUUCUGAUAAAAACAGGAGAGUAUUACAAACAGGAAGCUUCAAAUCUGCUACAAGAAUCUAACUGUUCACAGUAUAUGGAGAAGGUUUUGGCCCGGUUGAAAGACGAGGAGGUGAGAUGUCGAAAGUACUUGCACCCUAGCUCUUAUGCCAAAGUCAUCCAUGAAUGCCAGCAGAGGAUGGUGGCUGAUCACCUGCAGUUUCUCCACGGAGAGUGCCAGAGCAUUAUCAGACAGGAGAAGAGAGACGACAUGGCGAACAUGUACACUUUGCUGCGCGCCGUGUCAAACGGACUGCCUCACAUGAUCCAGGAGCUGCAGGUGCACAUCCACAAUGAAGGUCUGCGGGGCACCAGUAACCUCUCUCAGGAAAACAUGCCGACACAGUUCGUGGAGUCCGUGCUUGAAGUCCACAGUAAAUUUGUCCAGCUUAUAAACACCGUACUGAAUGGGGACCAACACUUCAUGAGUGCACUUGAUAAGGCCCUGACAUCAGUGGUCAAUUACAGGGAGCCCAAGUCUAUCUGCAAAGCCCCAGAGUUGCUUGCGAAAUACUGCGACAAUCUGCUGAAGAAGUCGGCCAAAGGGAUGACGGAGAAUGAGGUGGAGGACAAACUCACCAGCUUCAUCACCGUCUUCAAGUACAUCGACGACAAAGAUAUUUUUCAAAAGUUUUACGCCAGAAUGCUUGCAAAGAGAUUAAUACACGGUUUAUCAUUGUCUAUGGACUCUGAAGAAGCCAUGAUCAACAAACUAAAGCAAGCGUGUGGCUAUGAGUUCACGAGCAAACUGCACAGAAUGUACACAGACAUGAGCGUGAGCGCGGACCUCAACAACAAGUUUAACAAUUUCAUUAAGACGCAAGACACAGUGGUGGACCUGGGCAUCAGCUUCCAGAUUUAUGUAUUACAGGCUGGUGCUUGGCCCCUCACACACGUCCCCUCCUCCACAUUCGCUAUCCCUCAAGAGCUAGAGAAAAGUGUUCAGAUGUUUGAGUUGUUCUAUAAUCAGCAUUUCAGUGGAAGGAAACUCACGUGGCUCCACUAUCUCUGCACAGGUGAAGUAAAGAUGAACUACCUGUCGAAACCCUACGUUGCCAUGGUGACGACGUACCAAAUGGCUGUGCUGUUGGCGUUUAACAACAGUCUGACGGUGAGCUACAAAGAGCUUCAGGACGGCACGCAGAUGAACGAGAAGGAGCUGCAGAAGACCAUCAAGUCUCUGCUGGACGUCAAGAUGAUUAACCAUGACUUGGAAAAGGAGGACAUUGAGACUGAGUCGACGUUUUCACUAAAUAUGAGUUUUACCAGUAAAAGGACAAAGUUUAAGAUCACUACAUCAAUGCAGAAAGACACACCACAGGAAAUGGAGCAGACGAGGAGCGCAGUAGACGAGGACCGCAAAAUGUAUUUACAAGCUGCUAUAGUGCGAAUCAUGAAGGCCCGCAAGGUGCUCCGGCAUAACGCACUCAUCCAGGAGGUCAUCAACCAGUCCAAAGCCCGGUUCAACCCCAGUAUCAGCAUGAUCAAAAAGUGCAUCGAGGUCCUCAUAGACAAACAGUACAUCGAGAGGAGCCAGACGUCUGCGGACGAGUACAGCUACGUCGCAUAGGCCCCUCCCCCUUUCACCACAAGCCCCGCCCACUCCAACCAGUACAAACACAGUACCGUAACACCGCCACAUACAAGUGACUCUACCGACCGAGCAGGACCGGAGCCUCAACUUUAUACAGAAAUCACAUUGUUACUCUGAAGGCCAGUAGCGCCCCUUAAGCCGCAGUGUAAAAUUGAAGUUUACAUCACCAGUGCCACGCCCAAAACGCGUCAAAACGAAUACAACGAAUGCCUAUAGGAAAGAGCGAUAAACAUACUAGCACAGAGAAAUGAAAUGAUUGAAAAAAGAAGGGGUCUAGGAGCAUUGAUUAAGACUUUUCUUUACUCACGUUUGCAGUUGUCGUGUGUUUAUUUUUCUUUCUUUGUUAAAUGUACUCCAGUUAGGAAAAAAUAUUGUAAUAAAACUGGUAUACUGAAUUAUGUAUCUACUUUCAAAUGUAAAGAGGUGACAAACAUCCUGCUGCUUGUCAGAGAAAUCAAUAAACACUGAAGAUUUUAUGUAAAAA